AUGCACGCUGAUGUCUGCUUUCUGCUUUGCGCGUGUUUUUUCUCCACUGGAGCGCUGCAGCUGCGCGGACAGGUGCUUCAGACAUGCAGCCAAACCAGAUCCAAACGAGAAACCACCAGAACAGAGAGAGAAGCACAUAAACCUGGCAGCACUUUACCAAUGAGAAGUCCAGAUGUCACAAAAGCUCCUGUUACGAAAUCAGAACAGCUCCUCAAGUUAGAUGGCCAUGACUUCACCAUGAGGCCUGGCUUUGGAGGGCCUGCGAUACCCGUGGGUGUUGAUGUUCAGCUUGAGAGUCUGGACACCAUCUCUGAAGUAGAUAUGGACUUCACCAUGACCCUGUACCUGAGACAUUACUGGAAGGAUGAGCGACUGUCCUUUCCCAGUAACACCAACCAGAGCAUGACCUUUGAUGGCCGGCUGGUGAAGAAAAUCUGGGUACCUGACAUAUUUUUUGUCCAUUCCAAACGAUCCUUCAUCCAUGACACCACCACGGAGAACGUCAUGCUCCGAGUGCAUCCUGAUGGCAAAGUGCUCUACAGCUUGAGGGUUACAGUCACAGCGAUGUGCAAUAUGGAUCUCAGUCACUUUCCUCUGGACACCCAGACAUGCUCACUGGAGAUUGAGAGCUAUGCCUAUACUGAUGAUGACCUCAUGCUGUACUGGAAGAGAGGAAACAAAUCUCUGCAGACGGAUGAGAAGAUCUCUCUCUCUCAGUUCCUCAUUCGGGAGUUUCACACCACCACAAAACUAGCCUUCUACAGCAGCACAGGUUGGUACAAUCGUCUUUACAUCAACUUCACUCUGCGUCGUCAUAUCUUCUUCUUCCUGCUUCAGACGUACUUUCCUGCCACUCUGAUGGUCAUGCUGUCAUGGGUGUCCUUCUGGAUCGACCGGCGAGCUGUUCCUGCACGGGUUCCUCUGGGCAUCACAACGGUGCUCACCAUGUCCACCAUCAUCACUGGAGUGAACGCCUCCAUGCCCAGAGUCUCCUACAUCAAAGCUGUGGACAUUUACCUGUGGGUCAGCUUUGUCUUUGUCUUCCUGUCUGUGAUCGAGUACGCCGCUGUCAAUUACCUGUCCACUCUGCAAGAGCGCAAAGAGAGGAUGCAAAGCAACAGGCAGUUGCCGUGUACGUGUGGAAUGACCCAUCCUGGUCAGAUGAUGAUGAGCAACAGCUACAGCGACAUGGACAUGAUGACCACAGGGAACUACGGCAUGUCGUGUUAUGUGUCUGUACAUGUGUGCGUGCAGAACAAUCCUUGUAGGCAGAACUAG